AUGGGUUGGUUCAUAAGAGACUCAAGAUCAGGGUUAAGUUGGGCUGACCAGACCCUCGGUUCGAUAUCCGCACCACCCAUGCGGCUGCUAGCCUUUUUGGGUCUGGCCAUACUCUUGAUGUCCAUGUCUACUUACACCGAGUUCAAGGUUCAUAUCGAAAGGGAGAAGAUGGCUCUCAAGUUAUUCUUUUACUUGUUGCCACUUGCUUUGUUUCUUGUAACCUAUGUUACCAUGAGGUACCGGUUGCCAUACGUGGUUCGAGCCGCGGGCAUGCCCAAGGAGUCUGGAAAGCAAGAUGGAUGCUCGCCAUGGGGCGUGGCGUUCAUGGUUGUCUUGGUUUUGGUUUUGGUCAAGUAUCAUUCCGCGGUUCAGUCGGGUUGGUUUUGA